CUUCUAAACGUAGUGUAGCAGCAAAAUUUAAUAUAGAACCUAAACAAUUAAGAGACUGGCUCAACAAAAAAGAACAACUUUUAUUAACAAAACCACAUAUUAAAAAACUUUCUACUAGUGCAAAACCUCGAUAUCCAAUAUUUGAAAUAGAACUUUUCAAAUGGAUUAAAUCUUUACACUCUAAUCAAAAAGUAGUUUCCCGUUAUAUGAUACAAGAAAAAGCUAAAAUUUUAUCUAGAAAAUUGCAAUAUACUACAAUAUAUCCUAAUAUAUUAGAAUGCAAAUGGGGUAAUAAAUGGUUAGAGAGAUUUAUGUGCCAUUAUAAACUUAGUAAUCGCUGCCGUACAACAAUAGCACAAAGUUUAAUUGGAAAUAUGGAUGAAACACCCCUGACUUUUGAUAUGCCUAGCAAUAUGACAGUAGAAGAAACAGGUUCUAGAACAGUUAGCAUACAUACUACAGGGCACGAAAAAUCAAAUUUUACUGUG